AUGGGGGACCAGAUGAGGAACACUAUCUUGGGUGGAGCUCCAUGGAAAACGGAAGAAGAAGAGUAUCCCAAGCUCUUGAUAGGUUGCCCUCACACAAGAUCUCUCUCAACAAGCCCAGCCAUUCAUCAUGGCCAGUGCUAUGAAGAAUUACAUCGAGUGCAUGCUCACAGGUCUGAAUGUGGCUUUGGUCUAGAUGGGGAAGAGUAUGCCAAUGAUGGCCGCUUAGUCAAAGAUGGUCAUCCUCCUGUGUUAGCCUCCCAAAUGCUGGAAUUAAAGGCCCGCCUGCCACAUUUUAGCAUCUUGUUUCGAAGCUGCACUUCCAAAUUUCUCCGCCACGGGGCACCCAUCAGUCAGCUGGUGUCCGCGGUUCUGCUAGGUGAGAUGCUGCAACCCAAGCGCUACAAGCGGUCUCCCGGGCGUGUUCGAAGUCCAACUUUCCUUGACCUAAUACAGAAAGGUCCCUGGGGCAUGGUGACACCUGGAGUCGCCAAGCUGGAGCUGGAAGUGGAGUUUCGUGGGUUCGGGGCCGCGGCUGCUGGGCAACGCCUCCUCCAGACCGAGACCCCAGCGCAGAAUGACCAGAAGGCGGUGGCCUCCCGGCGGAGCGUGCUACGCUGGUUCUCCACCGCGGUCCUGUAUGCCGCCUUCCUGGGGCUGGGAAUGACUGUUGCCAUAUUAGGACCCACAUUUCCAGACCUGGCGAGAAACGUGAACCGCAACGUCAGCAGCCUUUCCGAAAUCUUCGUGGGCCGCGCCCUCGGCUACUUUUGUGGCUCUGUGGUUGGUGGGGUGCUUUUCGACUGCAUGAAUCAGUUUCUACUUUUGGGAACCUCACUGUUGGCUACCACAGUUGGUCUUUAUCUUGUCCCCUUCUGCAAGACGGCAACAUUGCUGAUUGCCAUGAUGUCUGUGUUUGGUGUCUCAUUUGGCGCUCUGGAUACAGGUGCAAAUGUCCUCAUCUUGGCUCUUUGGGGGGACAAAGGAGCCCCACACAUGCAGGCCUUGCACUUCUGUUUUGCCUUGGGCGCCUUUCUGGCUCCCCUGCUGGCUAAGUUGGCCUGGGGUACAGCAGCAUCUGCUCAGAACCACACCGAGUCCGACUUUAACUCUCUAGUGCUGAACCGAUCCUCCAAAGCCGCCUCAGACUCUGUGUUCGCGGUACCCGAUGACAUGAAUCUGCUGUGGGCAUAUGCUUCUAUCGGCACCUACGUUUUAGUAGUCUCUGUCUUUCUGUUUGGUCUGUUUUGUAAGAAACAUUCAAGGCAGGAAAAGUCCGCAGCAUCAGCUCAGGGAGCUCGCAGGGCUAAGUAUCACUGGGCCCUGCUGUGCCUCCUCUUCCUCUUCUUCUUCUUCUAUGUGGGAGCCGAGGUGACCUAUGGCUCUUACGUAUUCUCCUUCGCCACCACCCACGUCGGCAUGGAAGAGAGCGAGGCAGCUGGCUUGAACUCCAUCUUUUGGGGGACCUUUGCAGCCUGCAGGGGCCUGGCCAUCUUCUUUGCGACGGUCUUACGGCCUGGAACCAUGAUCGUUCUGAGCAACAUAGGCAGCCUGGCCUCGUCUUUCUUUCUGGUGCUUUUUGAUAAGAAUUCUCUCUGUCUCUGGAUCGCGACUUCUGUGUAUGGAGCCUCAAUGGCAACCACGUUUCCCAGCGGCAUCUCUUGGAUUGAGCAGUACACCACCUUAACUGGGAAAUCUACAGCAUUCUUUGUAAUUGGUGGUACCCUGGGAGAAAUGGCCAUUCCUGCAGUCAUCGGAAUUCUUCAGGAACACUACCCGGAUCUGCCAGUGGUUCUGUACAUAUGUCUGGGCUCAGCCAUAUUCACGGCUGUUCUAUUUCCUGUGAUGUAUAAAUUAGCCACCUUACAUUUGUAA